UCCAUAUAAACCGUAUCCAUAAAUAACAUUUUCUUCAUAACCCAAAUCAAAGAGAUUAAAAAAGAAAAGAAAAAGCAUAAACUACCUAAAAAAUGGCUCACCAUUUUUUUCUCCUCUCCGUCAUCCUAGCAGCUGCAGCCAUCCACGGUAUCAAUGCAGUCGAAUACGUGGUCACCAAUACUGCUGGAUCAACAGCCGGCGGUGUGCGUUUCAACAACGAGAUCGGAGCCGACUACAGCAAGGAAACACUGAUAUCUGCCACGGACUUCAUAUGGAGGCUACUCCAGCAAAAUAAUGCUGCUGACCGAAAAGACGUGCCGAAAAUCAGUUUGAUAAUCGAGGACAUUGAAGGGGUUGCGUUCUCAAGGAACAACGAGAUUCAUGUGAGUGCGAGGUACAUAGGGGGAUACUCGGGCGACGUGAAAAGGGAGAUCACUGGCGUGCUUUAUCAUGAGAGUACACAUAUCUGGCAGUGGAAUGGGAACGGACAGACUCCAGGUGGGUUGAUUGAAGGAAUUGCUGACUUUGUGAGGUUGAAGGCUGGCUAUGCACCAAGCCACUGGGUCCAGCCAGGUGGAGGAGAUAGGUGGGACCAAGGCUACGACGUUACCGCUAGGUUUUUGGAUUAUUUAAAUGAUCUUAGAAAUGGGUUUGUGGCUGAAUUGAACAAGAAAACAAGAACAGGUUAUAGCCCAAAUUAUUUUGUUGAGCUGCUUGGGAAGACCGUUGAUCAGCUUUGGAGUGAUUACAAGGCCAAGUAUGGAAAUUAGAGGGUUUUCUUUUUAUUGCUGAAGCUAGAUAAAUGAAUAAUAUGCUGUAUUAUUUGAAUAAAAAGCUUCUUUAUCAAUCACGAAUAUUAAAAAUUGUGUUUUAUAUACGCAGUUUAAAAUAAACUUCAUAAAUAAUACAUUCCAUCCUAUUUUUAAA